GACUCCUCCUGUCUGAAUCUUUUUGGAUGUAAACAGUCAAGUUCACAUAAAACCUCUGACAGGACGUUUAUUAUCGGCUUGUUGUUACUGGGUUUGAUCACUGAGGCUUCAGGAAGCUUCCUCCUGCAUCAUGGACGAGUCUGCGUUGGAGCGAUACUUUGAUAAGUUCAUCGCUAACGACCCCAGGAGGACGGAGGAAGUCAGAGAGGAGGUCGGCGAGGAGGAACUGUUUUUCAAGUUAUUGCCUGAUGAGCUCCUGACACUGAACACGGUCACCUGCGACGAUGCAGACAGAAUCUGUAAGAAGGAGGAUCUGACUGCAGAGAGCAGGAUUGCCGGCACGAAGUCACCAAACAGCAGCUCCCAGAAUUCCUCAGCAGAAGCUAAGCUCAUGUGUGCGUCCUCCUCGUCUGAACUGAAGCCCCUUCCUGUUAAUCCCGGGACCCCGGCGGACCCUGAGACACUGAAGGAGAAGCCAUCGAAUCUCGUCCCAGUGAUAUGUAACGUCAUCUCCACGGUGGACCUGGGCUGCAGUUUGGACCUGAAGUUCAUUGCUCGCAGGAUGUGGAACGUAGAGUACAAACCACAGACUUUCACAGGGAUCAUCGCUAGGAUCCGGGAGCCAGAAGCAACAGUGACCAUCUUCCAAAGUGGGAAAAUCAUCUCCCUGGGAACCAAGAGUGUGGAGGAGUCGCGCCUGGCGGCCAGGAAGUUUGCCCGCAAACUGCAGAAGUUUGGCUUUCCCGUGCGCUUCCUCAACUUUAAGAUCCAGAACAUUGUAGCCUUCUGCCAGACCUUUCCAGUGGAUUUAGCAGAACUGCAGAAGGUCCACAGAGGGCAGUGCAGUUAUGAGCCAGAGAUGUAUAACGGCCUCGUCCUCGACCAGAUUACCGGCAUCAGAGUGUCCCUCUUUUCAACUGGGUACAUAAAUGUGUUCGGAGCUAAAACCUGGGCUGAGGUCAAUGAAGUCUUUAAAACCAUCUGCAGAAUCCUGAGAGAGUACAAGAGGGAGCGAACACGCAGCAGAGCUUUGAUUCCAAAGCCAAACCGAUGUUAGAGGCAGACUUGAAUAAACUGAUGCAUGAGCACCACUGAACUCCACUGUAGCUCCU